AUGCUUCCUCCUCUCCCACCUGGCACCGACUUGCCCGCAGGUCUGACAUGCCCUGACGCCAUCUCCAAGACACUCAGUGCCAUCCCGGCCCCUCAAUUGCUUGAUAUCAUCUCGCAAAUGAAGGGCCUCGUCAUGUCGGAUCCUAAUCAAGCAACCGAACUUUUGCGCCAAGCUCCCCAACUCGCCUACGCCAUCUUCCAGGCACUUCUCCUUCUCGGCCUCGUGGACACAAGCAUGCUCAGCAGCAUUGUCCAGGCCUCCGCUCCUCAANAACCCACAGUUCCCUGCUGCGGCACCCGUUCCUCCACCACCUAUGCCACAGCCUCCUCAGGCCGCAUACGCUCCUACCCCUCAGCCCGGCUACCCAGGAUACCCUCAGCAGCACUACCAACAAGCCACGCCGCCUGUCCAACAGCCUGCUUUCGCACCACCACCACCCCUCAACAGGCCGCUGCAGCUAGCCAGCAGGAUCUGAUUGCUCAAGUUCUAUCUAUGACGAUUGACCAGAUCAACCAGCUUGACCCCGUAUCACGCCAACAAAUUAUUGCUCUGCGCGCCCAGCUCGGUGCGCCUGUUGCUUGA